AUGCAGGCACUGGCGCGAGCGGCGCGGGGGCUGUGGCCGGCGGCGGCUGCGGCGGGGAGGGGGCAGGCGCAGCUGCAGGCGGCGCGGGGGAUCGUGGUGCAGGUGAGGGACGGCAACCUGGAGCGCGCGCUGCAGGUGAUGGAGCGCAAGAUGCGGUCCAGCGGCAUCGAGCGGCUCAUCAAGCGCCGGACGGAGCACCACGUCAAGAACUCGGAGAAGCGCGUGCUCGCGCGCAAGGCGCUCAUGGCGCGCGUCCGCUCCCAGGAGCUCGGCAAGAGCCUCCGCGACAUCCUCAUCAAGAAGAUCAGGUCUGUACUGCCUCAGAUUGGGGGCACCGUGCUGUGGCUCCAUAUCUAUGGGUCAGUAAGGGCAUCUCUCAGCGGGCAGCAUUUCAGCAACAUUCAGCGAUCUGUUUACAGCAGGUUGAUAAUAACUUACCUGCAUGCCAAGAAUCUUUUUACGUCUUGGAUCAUAGGCAAGAGAACAAACUACCCAUUGGAGAAAAAAGACAAAGUUUACCUCUUAUGGAGAAUGACCUACACCACAACCUUGUUCAUGGGAUUCAUGGGUAUGGUCAGACUUGGCAGAAAUUGGUGGAAGUUGUCAACCGAGACAGCUACCAGCGGCAAGCCGAACGAGAAGAGCAAUGGGGAGGCCUCUGGAUGUCAGGGCACCGCAUUGGGGACGAGCAGCGUGCCAGGCGAGCUGGCCGAGGUGGACACUGCUUCAUACCGAGGCGGCGUCAAGCCGAGGUACAAGAACAAGGGGAAGAAGGGUUUCGAUGGCCGGAGCACAGAGACAGCCAUGACCGGCUCUUUGGUUGAGGUGGUGAAGGCAUCGCCACCGCGAGUCGUUGAUUCGGAGAACAAGGGGAAUGCUGGAUCGAGUAAUCAGAGCACUGGAAAAGCUUCGGCAAGCUCACAGGGCGAGGCAGCUGAGGAUUCACCACUGCAGGGAGUCAAGUCGGAUAACAAGUGGAAUAAGAAGAACAAACCCUCAGGAGGAAGGCAGGCGGGCGCACCACCGAGCGGCGAUUGGCCGAACAGGAGGAGGGACCAGCCUCGUCCGUCCGCUGAGGGUAGCCGCGGCCGGAGGAAUGGCGAUGGUCAAGGAGCCGUAUGGGAAGUAAAAUCCGAUGGCCUUGGGGGAAAGCAGCCGGAGGUGGAGGGGAAGGCCCACUCGCAUCUGCCCACUGAGAGCAGCAGUAACAGAAGGAGGGGCAGUGGUCAAGGAAUGACCAGGAAGGGAAAAUUUGAAGACUCUGGGGAGAAGGAGCUGGUGGUUGAGAUGAGGGCGCAUCCGCAUCCAGCUGCUGACAGCAGUAGCUAUCAAAGCAGCAGCGGUGAUCAAGGAAUGGCCGGGAAGGCAAGAUCUGAGGACUUCGGGGAUAAGCAGCCGGUGGGAAGGAGCAGCGGUGAUCAAGGGAUGAACCAGGAGGCAAAAUCUGAGCGCUUCGAGGAGAAGCAGUCGGCUGUGGAGAUGAGAGCUGUAAAGACCUACCGUGGGCAGCGGCCUGGCGGUUGCAGCCGAGUGAAUGGCACCACAAGGCAGCCCGGCAGCAUCUGGGUUCCAAAGGCUGCUGCUGUCCCAGUCCGCACCGAAGUCGGAAACAUUCCAUAG